AUGGGAGAAGAUGAAUAUUCACCAGCACCACCACAAACACCUGUAGGCCCCAGUGCUCCGAUCUUUCUGAAGGAGUUACGGCACCAGCCGCUGAAACCUUCGGAGGUUAUGGUGAUGGAGGCAAGAGUUGCAGGUGUACCGCAUCCUCAAGUCGAAUGGCUGAAGAAUGGGAAACCUUUUCAAAACUUUAGGGCAAAAAUCGAACACGAUCCUCAAACGGGUAUUGUGUCGCUGACGAUAUCACAGAUGUUCAAUGACGAUGUUGGCGAGUAUACGUGCCGUGCCAGCAAUAUCCAUGGCGAAGCGACAUCCGUUGCUCAGUUACUUACUCGCGAACAAUACGACCGAUGGUUUGCUGAAGAACAAAGUCGACUAACUCGAGAUCGAAGGCAAGCUCAGGUUCGCCAGAAAAAUCCCAAGACUUACACUUAG